GUGAACCAAGUUAACAACUGUGCUGGAAAAAACCCGUUCCACUGCCGACAGUGGUCUCAGUGGUAGAUUCACUGGAGACAAAGUCGGAGGAGCCGGGAAAAUAACGCAAUAACACAGCAGUAAAGAUAGCACAGAUAAGCGAGAGUGAGUGUGAGAGUGAUGGCAGACAGCAAGUCACAACAGAUCGAGGAGCUAUACGACUUCAUCCAUCCGCUGGCAGUGAGAGCCGGCGAGAUCCUCCUCGAAGGCUACGAUAAUGCCGGCAAGGCUGUCUCGCUCAAGUGCGGAGAAUUCUACAAUGUGGUCACUGCCUAUGACAACCAGAUCGAGGAGUUUCUCAUCGAGAAGAUACUGGCUAGCUAUCCGGAUCACAAGUUCAUCGGCGAGGAGGAUACCCACAAGAAUCACAACAAUGUGACCAACGAACUGACGGACGCCCCCACCUGGAUCAUUGAUCCCAUCGAUGGCACCUCGAACUUCAUCAAACAGAUCCCGCACGUUUCCGUUUCGAUUGGUUUGUCCAUCAACAAGCAAAUCGUUCUGGGAGUGGUCAAUAAUCCUGCCCAGAACAAGCUGUACACGGCCAAACUGGGUCAGGGUGCCUUCUGCAAUGGAAAGCCGAUUCGGGUGAGCAACUGUGAGCAUCUCAACGAUGCCAAUGUGGCGUAUGAGGUUUGCCUACUGCACGCUCCAAAGAUUCGGAACAAGCACAUCAAGAGGAUUUACCAUGUGGGAUCACAGGCCAGGAGGCUCCUUGCCUACUCGGCUGUGGUAGAUUCACUCUGCAUGGUGGCUGCUGGCAACCUAGACGCCUUUCACAUCGAGGACAUGUAUCCUUGGGACUGUGCCGCGGGCUAUCUGCUUAUCCGGGAGGCCGGCGGCGUGGUCACGCAUCCCUAUGGUGGUCCCUUUGAUAUAAUGAAGCCGGAUCUAAUCUGUGCCGGAACAGAGACUUUAAGAGCGGAGAUAGAGCAACUUAUUCGGAAGGCUGAUCAGCAGCCGCACGUCGGGGGCGAUUAAAGCGAAGAGCUUUUGUACAAAAAAGAAUAACAACAAAAUCUAAUGAUCACCAUAAAACUAAGUUUCAUUUAAAAGGGGUAAACAGCUGGGAAAAAAUGCUUCUGAAAAAAAAGUAUGCAAGUCAUCAUGAAAAGAUAUUUUGAUUAUAAUUAAAGAUAUUUUGUAUAGUUUUAAACUCUUUAAAGUUGCAAAUCCAUAUCAGCUUUCUAUGUAGCAACCAUAUUUUGAAAAAAAAAAAAAAAAAUAAUAUAAAACCAAAUUUGAUAAUGUAAAGGUAGCCCCAAAAAUCUGCAAUCUCAUUGUUGACAGCAAUAUCUUCCCUGUUUACUAAAGAAUUAUUUUGGUAAUCGUUAUAAGUAGCAUUUACACACCAUGUUCGUAAACCUUACAACAUAUGGAAACAUAAAUCUGUUCACUAUCAUAAUCCAAGCGAUAAGCGCGCACUUGCGUUCAAAAUAAUAGAAACUAUUUCGAAAUAUGGCUUAUAUUCUUAUUUAAAAUCAGAUUUUAGUUUAAACAAAAGAAACAUUAGGUAACUGGAUAGAAAGAUACUUUUUUUGUUAAAAUUA